AAAUUAAAUACAAUAAUAAUUUGAUACCGAACCAACCAAAGAAGUAGAGCAUUGGCGCGUUACCAUGGCCACUGUUGUUCUCCCUCUCAAUCUGAAUACCACUUCGUCUUUUCAAUGUUCUCUUCCCACUCCAACCCAAAUCACUUUCAAACAUAGUAGUAGUAGAAUCCAAAACUACAAUUUCACUUCUCUCAAAUUCAAACUCAAAUCCACCACCCUUUUCGUUCGUGCAUCAGACCCAGAUUCCAACCCUCAAACUCCCCAAAAUGCUGAAGUCGACAAUUUAGGAGUUCAAGCUGCUCUUUCCGUUUUGAGAUUUUACAAAAGGGAAAUUUCACCUAUCUUGCCGAGGAGCUGUCGUUACGUUCCAACUUGCAGUGAGUAUUCCAUGGAGGCGUAUAAGAGAUAUGGUUUCUUGAAGGGUACGACUUUGACUGUGUGGCGUCUAUGUCGUUGCAACCCUCUUGGUGGGUCUGGAUAUGAUCCUCCAAGAUGGUUUGGUGAGAAUAAACCAGGAGAAGAACUCGACGAUUGAUUAAUCUCUAGCGGAAGAUUUUGAAUUGCAAGCUUCCCAGUGUACACAACUUCCGACUUUAAGUCAGCCUCCCAUAGAUCAGGAAUUGCCUCAGGAAGGUUAUGGAUGCUUUCCAAUGCAUAAUCUGCACCUUGAACUUUCUGUGAUGUGCCAAUCUGGAUGGUGCAAUCAACAAGUAAUUUAUAUGAGUUGUGGCUCAUUAAAAGGCAUGUAGUUGCUAUCAGUUUAUUUAAACAACCGUUAUAGAGCUAUUAUGUAGCGGCAUAUGAACAUAUUGAUAUUGUUUCGUGAUAUGCUAUACAAUACAAAAUGUUGUCGACUAGUGGCGCUAUAGCACUACUGCUUAGAGGAAUUUGAACAAAUUGCUAUGUUCAGUUUCUACUACAAAACAAAAAUUUCCAAUGACUUACCAGCACAGUGUCGAGUCCUACUCGUUUUCCAGCUUGUAUGUUGCGGACACUGUCCUCAAAGAACAACUGAAAAUGACAUAGAACCAACAAAAAGUUAAGCAAGCAAAUAAAAAGUUAACAAAAACAACAUAGAUCAUAAAGGGUGAUUUUCUUACAGUUCUAUGUGGGUCAAGGUUGGCUAUUUUGAGAGCCAAUUG